AUGUCUUUCCGCGCCGACGACCAGCGCCGUUACGGCCAUGUCCCGCCUGUCCAGUAUCCCGUCGCUGGUCAGAAACCCGAUCGUCAGCCCGUUGGCCGCCGCCUCAGCUUCAACACCGGUGACGACGCCGCCUACCAUGACGACCAGGCUUCGGACAGGCCCCCUACUUCUGUCCACGGCGCCCAGCCGCCGGGCGCUGACGAGCUCUUCCUGGACAGCCCGACCGCCUCAAGCUCCUCCAUGGGGCGCUCGCCUUUUGGUUCCACAAGCAGCGCGCUGUCUGGCUACCAUCCAGACACGACGCCCCGGACGCCGCCUGCCCAGUCCACCUACAAUCCUCAAAACUUCGCCCAUGCAUCCGGCGCUGCCUUUCGGCGAUCUCCAUCCUCGGCCGUUCCCCACCACUCGCACUCCUCCUCGCGAUACUCCGCCACCAGCGCCAGCUCGCUUGGCACCUCCAGCUUUGCUCCGCAGACGUACAACCCCGCCGCCUACGCCAGCACGAAUCCGCCGCAGCGCCAACCUACAUAUCCUGGUUACGGCCACGACCAAGGCUACGGAGCCGCCGUGGGAUCUGGGGCUUCGGCAGUCUAUGGGCAGUCGCCUGGCCCCAGCUCGCGCGACCAGACUCCCACCUACGACCCCUCUCAAUACGCUGCCGGCUUCUACUCCACUCAUGGUGCCGACGCCGCCAGCCAGGGCUCCGGCCCCUACUCCGCCAUACAGGCCCCGUAUCCCGUUUCCUCGCAUAUUCCAGUCGGCCCGAAUUACGAGUUCGACGAUCCACCUUCGCUCUACAACCGCCCUUUCCGAUCCGAUUCGCAGACGUCUCCUCGAGCCUCUCCUCACGUCCAGCCGCAGUCCCCGGCAGGGCUGCAGAGGCAUCCUACCAAUGCUCCGCUCCCGAGUCGGCCGAUGGACGAGUUGAUAGAUGAGGAAGUGUAUUGGGACUCGAAUGGACGACCGCUGGGGAGAGAACCCAGCAUAGAUGGGUUGACGUCGGAGAGCAUCAUGCAGGAAAUCGAGGCCGAGCUGGGCGACGGCGGUCGCUGGCCGCGACGACGUCCAUCCCCUAUCAACGGCCAGCUGGCGCGUGAGCAAGCCGAGCAGUUGCGCCGGUGCAGCCCCGGCGCCGGUCCACACUCUCCCUCAGCACAUUGGGCCUCCCCGGCCGCAGGGCUCCAUUCCAUCGAUUACGACGACGACGAUGAUGACGACGACGAUCCCGAGGGGACUGCCGGUGUGCUCGCCAUGCAGCAGGCCGAAUUGGACGAGCAGCGCUUCAGUGGCAAUGCUUUCAUGUACCGCGACGUCCCAGCAGCCGUCCCAUCGAACCCCCUGCCUCCGCCACCCGAGGAAGACGACAUAGGCAGUGACAGCGAAUUUGGGGGCGCGGUCGACCUGGGCAUGUUGAGCGGCAAUCUUACGUACGGGACCACUGCUGGACCACACCCGGACUCGUCUUUAGCGACCGAGGGAUCACGCCCGCUGCCCACGCCGGACUACUACUCCUCGCUACACGAGGGCUAUAAUGCUGAAAUGGACUAUGGCGGCACCGGCGGGCUGCAGCCACCGAGGGUACAUAGGCUUAGCUUUGACGAAGGCCGGGAGGAGAGCGUCUCGUUGCAUUCACGGCAAAGUGGCACCGACUCUCCCACAAAGAACGACCAUCAAGACCCGUACUAUCCUGGCCUGUCCAGCCGCCCGCUACCGGCGCUGCCCCCUGGGCCUGAUUCGGACAGCAGCUCGAUGCUGUCGGCUCACAACAGCCUGCGCUCGCAGCAUCAGCACCAUCACUCGCUCAGCGCCGAUGCUCGCUAUUACCAGGCCGACCCGGAGAAGUUCUAUCAGACCACUGCGCACCAGACGCUGCAGCCGGAGAGGUCGAUAUCGCUGUCCGGCCACAGCCAUACCCCACAAGUUCAGGCCCCGACGAGGUCGCGGACAGAUGCUGCAGAAGAACGAAAGAAGAUGACCAGACAGCAUAUGAUGGGCCUGCAGCAUGGGCCGGGCUUCCCCGAGUCGGAAGUGGGCUCCGGCUUCCCUCCGGGAGCUUUUGACGGCAUCACUCUGCCGAGCGGGCGCAAGAAGAAGUUUGUGCCCUCCAAGCUGACUGCAUCCGACUUCCGCAGGUGCCAAGAACCCUGGGCCCUCAGUGGCAUCGAGACCUGGGUUCGCUCCAUGGGAGAUGCAGAGAUUGACCUCAGGGAGAAGACCAUCGAAGAAGCGGUCACGAACUUGUUCGCGUUCAAGGUUCCCACAAUGAAUGUGGCAGAUGCAGAGAUGCUCAGCGGCCGAGUUGUCCAGCUCAUGCUCAAGUCGGGCACUCUGCUUCCGGACGAGGAAUGGGUCAAAUUCGGCGAAGGCCACAUUUCGGGCGUCCUGUGGCAGAUGACUGGAUCAGGCUGCUAUGCCCCAAAGCUUCACGACUUCGAAACGGCCGGCCACUGCUACUCACGCCAGUGCAGUCGCUCGUCCAAGCGCAUGUUCCUAGGCAGCUUGCUUCUUGAGCAUGAGGAGGAGAAUGAUUGGCGCAUCUUCCACAAGCUGAAGCCCGAAGAUUAUGAGGGAAGGUCCAACAAGGAACUCCAGCUCCAGUUCAACCUGCACGAGGUCGUCACCGGAGAGCGUACCUACCUCUACCAGCUGGAAAUAUUUCAUGCACUCUAUCGAGACGAAUUGCGGGCGCGCGAUCCUCCUGUUAUCCAUCCCGACAAGAUCGACAAAUUCUUGGCCACCGUGUUCAGAAAGCUGGACACCAUCUUUGAUAUCAACAGGGAUCAUCUCCUUUCUCCUCUCAGGUAUCGCCGCCAAGAGCAGGCACCGUGGGUUGUAGGAUUCAGCGAUAUUUUCCGCGAGUGGAUACGCAAGGCAAAAGCCGACUACCUGGAGUUCGCCUCGGGUUACCCUCGCGCGGCCUACAUGAUUCGGAAAGAGGCCGAUCGGAACAUUCUCUUCAAGAAGUUCAUUGACGACAGGCAAAGACACAAGCUCUCCUCGAAGCAGGACUGGACCCAUUUUCUGUUUCAACCGAUACAGCGUCUACAACGUUAUCCACUCCUCCUGGAAGCCGUUGAAAAGUUGAUGCUUGGCGAGAGCGAAGAACGAACGAACCUGAUAAAGGCCAUCCAAGAGAUCAGGGCUGUGGUGUUGGAGUGCGAUGCCAGGGUGGCCGAGACCACGAAGCGGGUGCAGAUGAUGGAGCUGGAUCGGAUGCUCGUCCUCCGCCCAGGCUUCCAAUCCGUGCUGAAUCUCGACCAUCUCGGGAGGGUUCUCAUAAGGGAGGGCGAGCUUCAAAGGAUGGGCUCCAAGGGCAUGCGCUGGGUCGACACGCAUGCGCUGCUUUUCGAUCAUUAUCUGAUUCUGGCCAAAAUCGUCAUUUACAAGGACGGCAAAGGGGAGAAGAAAUACGAUGUAUCCAGAGAACCUAUCCCCAUGCCGCUCUUGUUCCUCGAGAGCAUGAAUGAUGAGCCGGUCACCAAACAAAAGGGGCUUGAGCAUGCCGCCACCGGCUCGUCCACCAACUCCCUCGGCGCACCGGCCUCUCACGACGCUGAGGGCAAGAUUCUCUAUCCCUUCAAGUUGAAGCACCUCGGCUACGAGGUGUAUACUCUCUACGCUUCAUCCGCGCAGAAUCGUCAAGAUUGGUGCAUGAGCAUCAUAGAGGCAAAGACGAGACAUGCCAAGGCCCUCUUUUCGCAAAACGCCGAGCCGUUCCGCCUCCGCGUCCUUGCAGACGCUUCGUUUCACUACGACGCCAGCUCGGUGUAUGCGAGAGCGUCGGGUGUUCCCGUCAAGGGGACGCCUCUUGAUCGAGCAAUCCAGGAAACAGAAGAUGAAAUGGGCUCCGGCCAGGGGAUCGCGCCGGUUUGCCGAGCUCAGGUCAACUGUGCCGCCGGGUUCUCGGCGUUUGGCAAGUCUGUGAUCGCCAUUGGCACAGACUACGGCGUCUACGUCUCUGAUCCGUCUGAGCCCCGUGGAUGGCAUCGGACUAUCCAGACCGCCCGCGUCACGCAAAUUGCGAUUCUCGAGGAGUUUUCUGUGUGCUUGGUUCUCGCGGACAAGUCCCUCAUAUCAUACCCACUGGACGUCGUUGCGCCCUGUUCUGAUUUCGCACCGCCCAUCAACGACAACCCGCGACGCGCUCCUCAGAGACUUGCCAAGGACGUCGCGUACUUUGCGACUGCACGGAUGAAGGACCGUAUGCUCGUGUUCUAUAAGCGCAAGGAGGGCCUGCACACCUCUUUCAAGGUGCUAGAACCCAUCCUCCACAAGGCGUCGGAAAAGAGAUCAAGGCUCUUUGGCGGCCGAAGGCCUGCUGCUGGCAUCACGGAUACUUUCCGGGACUUUGACGAGUUUUACUUGCCCACCGAGUGCUACUCGCUCAGUGUCUUCCACACAUACAUUGCCGUUUCCACGGCCAAGGGCAUCGAGAUGCUCACGCUGGACAAGAAACAGCCAAUGUCGAUACCCGACCUCAAGGCACAGUCGAUUGCCAACAUUGCUCUGAGAAUUCGCGACCAACGCCCGCUGGGCAUGUUCCGACUAAACGACAAUGAAUUCAUACUCACGUACGAAGAUUGCGCCGUGUAUGUCGACAAGCACGGCGAUGUCAGUCGCACGCUCAUCAUGGAGUACACGGGGAAGCAAAAAAAGGCCAGAGGUGCGACCAUGUACGGGCAAUAUCUGCUGCUCUUCAACGAGGAUUACGUCGAGGUGCGCAACGCGGAGAAUGGCCGGCUGCGGCAGAUCAUUGCGGGACGGGAUGUGCGCGUCAUCGACUUUGGAAUCAGAGGCCCGACGGGCGGCAACGCAGCCGAAUCGCAGCAGAGCCACCUCGGUCAAAACGGCCAGCUGUCGGACGCCGGGGAGGUGAGCAAGGGGACCGUCAAGAUCGCCAUGUGCCACCCAGAGCUGCCGGGCAAGCAGAUUGUCCUGGAGAUGCUUCUCAACGACGGCCAUGCCGAGUAA